UGGAAUUAAAUUUCCUCUUAGCAAAUUCCCGAAAACACAUCGCUCCACAGUGUACGCCUACUCUGCUUUCCUAAAACACCUAAACUUUUAUAAACUCGUUGCUUUUGUCGGUGCACGUGAACAAGAGCUGGAAGAAGACCAUUACAAUCAAAUGUCGAAAAUGCGAGUGGUCUUACGUACCUUGUUACGGCUAUUUGUCGAGUACGGAGCAAAGAUUCAAUCUUUGAUUAUAUCUACUCGCGUCGGUCCAUAUCCGGUUCAAGACCAUGAUGACACUCUCGCUACACCCGAAGCUAAAACUUUACUGAGCAAUAUUAAAGAAUUAAAGAUUGAAGCAACAAAAUACAUGUUCUCGGACAUAUUUAAAAGUUUGGCAACUAUCUCGUGCAAUGUGAAAAACUUGGAUAUCGAAUGGUCUGAUAUGAUUCGACAUCGGAACUCAUCCGAAAUGAAAAUAAAUUGGAAUAAACUCUUAUCGGCGCCUAAAAACUUGCAUGCCUUCCGACUAUACAACUCUGAACGUGCCGAUAUAAUUGGACCAGCUCUUGUUCAUCAGCAACACGCAUUACGCACCGUCGAGCUCGAAAAAGUAGAUUUCGAAAGUUGCGAACCUCUUACUGAAUUGGCAUCAUGCAUAAACUUGGCCACCCUCCAAUUCAAAGACUGUACGCACGUGACCUCGGAAUUAACCGAACCUUUAGUAAAGGCAAAUUUUUCUCACUUACGGCACCUUCACUUAUCAGGAAAUAACAAGUGCCAAGAAUUGCUCGAUUGGGCUAAAAAAAUUAAUAGAAAAUAA